AUGUCGUCAGUUGUUUUUCAGGGUACGCCAUAUUGCUAUACUUUUAUCCAGACUCACGCCAAUAAGUACUCCAAAUCGUAUCGUUGUCAAAAUUGUGCGGAUGAAAAGAAGAAAAAUGGAAGUAAAGAGAGGAUGAAGCUAAUCAAAGUUAUUGAGAAUGAAUUCGUUCAAGAUCCAUGCAGUAUGAAGCAUGUAUGCCAUCCGAAGAAGUAUGCAGAAGAAAUGGGAAAUAGAAUUGUUUACGAGAAAGCUCAAAAUGUUAGAAGAAAUCCGGGUCAAGCCAAGAAAAAGCCGGUGGAAAUAUUCAGAGAACUACUGACUGGACACUAUGAUGCAGACAACGAGGCGAUGGAGGACGAAAUAAAAGCGGCAAUCCGACGUACUGGUUAUAAAUCACGUAGAAGGGUCUUAUCCUAG